AUGUCCCUGUACUCGGUAGGAGAAUGUCCAGACCUGUCCUUGAAGGCUCUUAGACUGUACUUCUUUUCACCUCAGAGCGCCGGCAAAUGGUCUGCCAGAAUACUUUGUUUGCAGUGUGGAAAUUCGACUCCACACCUUACCGAACUUCCCCCAGGAAUCAGCUCUGGCUACCGUCUUGCGUGCUUCGACAUAUCGCAAGCGAGUUGA